AAACAGCAUGAGCGGGAGAGGGAAAUGCUGGGGUUCGGGGCAGUUAGAGGAGAGGCUGGUUUGUCCCAGGAAACCCCUGCAGAGCCCACUGCCCAGUCCUGCCCUUGGGCCGGGGCAGGCGCAGCAGCCUCAGGGGACCAUUUGAGACCUGGAGGUUGGGGGCAGAGGCUGAGGCAUAUGGAAGUGAGUCCUCAUUGACCUUAGAGGUGUUCUCUGUUAUAAUGGGAAACGAUCCCUUUUACUAGUGAAGGGCUAUUUAUUAUCUAACACAUGUGUUGCUCUUUGUUCAACUUUUUAUUAUGGAAAGCAUCAAACAUAUACAAAUACGGGGAAAAUAGUAUGAUGACCCCUCACCCCUGUAUUCACCACCCAGCUUCUACAGUUAUCAACUCACAGGUUGGGGCCAGCCGGCCGGCCCCAAUCGGCCAAUCGGGCUGGGCUGGCUGUGGGGAGGGGACGCGGGAGAUUGGCCAGCCGCCCCCGCCUCCUGGUCGAACUCAGGGUGGAGGGGACAAUUUGCAUAUUAGCCUUUUAUUAUAUAGGAUAGCCACCCCCUCCCUGCAGUGGAUUUUUGGAAGCAAAUCAUAGACAUAUUUUGUUCUUUCGAUGAAGUCUAUUAUGGGCAGUACAUCUCUUUUUACAUGAAGCGGGUCUUCUUUUUGGAUGGCAGCGGACCGCCCUUUGGCCACAUGCUGCUGGCUUUGGGAGGUUAUUUGGGAGGAUUCGACGGCAACUUUGUGUGGAACAGAAUCGGAGCAGCUCCGCUGUGGUUGCGUUCCAGAAUACAGCAGCAACGUGCCCGUGUGGUCCCUGCGCCUGCUGCCGGCCCUCGCAGGGGCCCUGUCGGUGCCGAUGGCCUACCAGAUCCUGUGGGAGCUCCGAUUUUCUCACUGCGCCGCCAUGGGAGCCGCCCUGCUGAUGCUCAUCGAGAAUGCGCUGAUCACGCAGGCCAGGCUGAUGCUUUUGGAAUCGCUGUUAAUAUUUUUUAAUCUACUGGCCGUGCUGUCCUACCUGAAGUUCUCCAACUCCCAAAAGCACAGGCCCUUCUCCCCGAGCUGGUGGCUGUGGCUGACGCUGACCGGAGUGGCCUGCUCCUGCGCCGUCGGCAUCAAGUACAUGGGCAUUUUCACUUACUUGCUGGUGCUCGGAGUCGCCGCCGUCCACACCUGGCACCUGAUCGGAGACCGGGCUCUGUCCAAUGUCUGUGUGCUGUGCCACGUGCUGGCCCGCGCAGUGGCUCUGGUGGUCGUCCCGGCCGUCACGUACCUGCUGUUCUUCUACGUCCACUUGACGCUGCUCUGCCGCUCCGGGCCCCACGACCAGAUCAUGUCCAGCGCGUUCCAGGCCAGCCUGGAGGGGGGGCUGGCUCGGAUCACGCAAGGCCAGCCCCUGGAGGUGGCCUACGGCUCACAGGUCACCCUGAAGAGCGCCUCGGGCAAGCCUGUGCCCUGCUGGCUCCACUCCCACCCGAGCACCUACCCGCUGAGCUACGAGAACGGCCGGGGCAGCUCCCACCAGCAGCAGGUGACCUGUUACCCCUUCAAAGAUGUCAACAACUGGUGGAUUGUCAAGGACCCCGGGAGGCACCAGCUGGAGGUGAGCAACCCGCCCAGGCCCGUGCGGCACGGGGACGUGGUGCAGCUGGUGCACGGCAUGACCAGCCGCCUCCUCAACACGCACGACGUGGCAGCCCCUCUGAACCCCCACGCGCAGGAGGUGUCCUGCUACAUCGACUACAACAUCUCCAUGCCCGCCCAGAGCCUCUGGAGGCUGGACAUCGUGAACAGAGAGUCGGACGCUGAAAUCUGGAAGACCAUCCUGUCGGAGGUGCGCCUCGUGCACCUGAACACGUCCGCCAUCCUGAAGCUGAGCGGGGCCCACCUCCCCGACUGGGGCUUCCGGCAGCUGGAGGUGGUCGGGGAGAAGCUGUCCCGGGGCUACCACGAGAGCGCCGUGUGGGCCGUGGAGGAGCACCGCUACGGCAGGAGCCAGGAGCAGAAGGAGAGGGAGCUGGAGCUGCACUCACCAACUCACGUGGACGUCAGCAGGAACCUGAGCUUCAUGGCCAGAUUCUCGGAGCUGCAGUGGAGGAUGCUGACGGUGAGGAGCGACGACUCGGAGCACAAGUACAGCUCCACGCCGCUGGACUGGGUCACCCUGGACACCAACAUCGCCUACUGGCUGCACCCCAGGACCAGUGCUCAGAUCCACCUGCUGGGGAAUGUGGUGAUCUGGGCUUCCGCCGGCCUCGCCACUGCGCUGUACGCCCUGCUCUUCUGCUGGUACCUGCUCCGCCGCCGGAGGCGUGUCUGUGAGCUCCCCGAGGAUUCUUGGCUGCGCUGGGUGCUGGCCGGGGCCCUGUGUGCUGGCGGCUGGGCGACGAACUACCUCCCGUUCUUCCUGAUGGAGAAGACGCUCUUCCUCUACCACUACCUGCCCGCACUCACCUUCCAGAUCCUUCUCCUGCCCGUGGUCUUGCAGCACAUCGGCGAGCACCUGUGCAGGUCCCAGCUCCACAGGAGCCUGUUCGGCGCCCUGGUGGUGGCGUGGUACUCGGCCGCCUGCCACGUGUUUAACAUGCUGCGCCCACUGACCUACGGGGACAAGUCGCUGUCACCCAGCGACCUCCAGGCCCUUCGCUGGAAAGAGAGCUGGGACAUCCUGAUCCGCAAACACUAGCAGGACUGGCACGAGACAUCCAGGGUCGGGACCGGGACACGUUCGGGGGAGCUGGCCAGGCCUGGCAGGGGCUCUCCUCUGGUCCCCUUCACCUUAAGCACCUUAUUCUUAUGCGGACAAUAAAGAACAUGCUGUGCCCACAAA